AAUGUGAUUAACAUCCCCAAAUAAAGAAAAAGCAAAAACAAACAUACUGAAAGAAAGAAAAGAACCAAAACAAAACAAAACAAAACGGAGACGUCAAUGGUUCCAACUUCCAUAGCAAUAACCUCUGAUCUCUCCUGAUCUCCCCACCCCGACUCUAAUCCCUCUCCGCCCGUUCCAUGGCCUCCUCCAUGCCCACAAUUCUCACCACCACCACCACCACCACUACCAUCAUCUUCCUCUUCCUCUUACUACUCCAAUCUGCCGUUUCCAAGCAACAUUUUCUCUCUGACCCAGACCCAGAUUCCACCAAUACCAUCACUGACUGCACCAACCGUCGGAUCCACAUCAGACGCCUUCCCUCGCAAUUCAACCUCGAUCUCUUAUCCAACUGCUCUCAGUACCCUCUUUUUUUCGACUUCUGCCCCUACCUUCCCAACCAUGGCCUCGGUCUGAAGACCCAUUCCCGUUCCCACAGCUGGUUCCGCACCGACACUUUUAUGCUCGAGCUUAUCUUCCACCGUCGUAUGCUCGAGUACCCUUGUCUCACUCCUGAUCCCGACCUCGCCAACGCCGUUUACCUCCCUUACUAUGCCGGCAUCGACGCCCUCCGUUACCUCUACGGUCCCGAUGUCAAUGCCAGCGCCGAACACGGCCUCGAGUUGUUCCGUUUCGUUCGGGAUGAUAACCCCCACAUAUGGGCUCGCCACGAGGGUCAUGACCAUUUCUUGGUCAUGGCUCGGUCUGCUUGGGACUUCUCGCAAUCUCUGGACAACGAUCCUCCCACGUGGGGCACUUCGUUUCUCCAACUCCCCGAGUUUUACAACGUGACGGCUUUGACGUUGGAGGCCAGUGCUUGGCCGUGGCAGGAGCAAGCGAUUCCGUACACGACGUCUUUUCACCCGCCGAGCCUCACUUUCUUGGAGUCCUGGAUACGCCGCGCGAGGCGGUCGAGAAGGUCAACCCUAAUGCUCUUCGCCGGAGGCGGAGGGGUCUCGGCAACGCCCAAUAUCCGGCGGAGUAUCAGGACCGAGUGUGAGAAUGAUAACUCGACUCAAAGUCUUGGGGGGUACGAGAAAAUGUGCGAAGUCGUGGAUUGCUCUAAUGGGGCGUGUGAGCACGACCCAAUAAGGUACAUGAGGCCGAUGUUGGAAGCAACCUUUUGUUUGCAGCCACCGGGAGAUACACCUACGCGGAGAUCCACUUUUGAUAGCAUUCUUGCUGGGUGCAUUCCGGUUUUCUUCGAAGACUCGUCGGCGAAGUUGCAGUAUAAGUGGCACUUGCCGGAGGAGGAGUACGGGGAGUUCUCGGUGUACAUACCAAAAGAGGAGGUGGUGUUUAAGGGACUGGGGAUUUUGGACGUGUUGGUAGGUAUACCUAGAACUAGAGUUAAGAGGAUGAGAGAGAAGGUGUUGGAGUUAAUGCCGAGAGUAGUGUAUAGAAGACACGAGAGUUCGUUGGGUUUAAGAACAAAGAAGGAUGCCUUUGAUAUUGCAGUCGAAGGUACUCUGCAGAGGAUCAAGUCUAGGCUUAAAGAAGUGGCAUUGGGAAAGAUCUCAUUCAACAUUACAAGAAAAGAUGCAUUCUUGAUUCAUUUAAAUGAGGACCGUGGUAAUGCUGAUACUGGGGAGGCAGAAGAACAAUGGAAACUAGAACAUCAUUGGACGGAGAAAAAUAACUGAAUUUUAUUGAGGGGAGGUUUGCCAAAGCUUAAAUUGUAAUAAAAGCAAACAACAAAAAGGACUGACGGAGAAAAUGCCCCUUUUUCAUCUACUUUA